AUGAAAACUAAUUCCCAAGUGCUGUUCAACGAUGAUGGGUGGUGUCUGACCGGAAUUAACAGCGGUGCAUGCGAUGAUUUUCCGGUUGAAGACCUUCUUAAUCUUGAUUUUUCUGAUAAGGAUUUUCAAGAGGGGUUUUUUAAUGAAGAUGGACAAGAGAAGGGUGUACAGCACAGAAAUUCGAAUUCUUCCUCUACUUUUUCUGGCACAGACGAGUUUGAUAACGUCCCCUCCGGCGAACUUUCCGUUCCGGUUGACGAUUUGGAGAAUCUCGAGUGGCUUUCGCAAUUCGUGGAUGAUUCUACGUCUGGGCUUUCAUUAUUAUGUCCCGCCAGAAGUUUCAUGGGGAAGACCGGAGAAUUUUCGGAGAACCGAAUUGUGCCGGUGAGUAGACCUGCGGUUCAGAAAAUCCGCGACCCGUGUUUCCCGUUACUGGUUCCGGUAAAAGCAAGGAGCAAACGGCAAAGGCCGAAUGGGAAGACUUGGUCCCUGUCGUCACCGUCGUUGAGCGCCGCCGAGUCUUCUUCUACGACGUCGUCUUCAAAUGGGUCCUCCACGUUGUCUCCUUUUGUAUUCAAAAACCCGGUUCAUGACAUGUACUGGUUUUCCAACGUGGAAAAGCCGCAGGCGAAAAAGCAAAAGAGAAAACCAAAGGCUGAAAACGGUUCAGUCUCGGGCAGUUCCCAGACUCUUCGUCGGUGUACCCACUGUCAGGUUCAGAAGACUCCACAAUGGCGCACCGGACCGUUAGGGCCUAAAACAUUGUGCAACGCUUGUGGCGUGAGGUACAAGUCCGGUCGGCUUUUCCCUGAGUACCGACCGGCUUGUAGUCCAACUUUCUCUCAUGAUGUCCACUCGAAUAGUCACCGUAAAGUUUUGGAAAUGCGGCAGAGGAAGGAGAUUGUUGGGGUGGCCGACGCCGGUCUGACUCCAAUCAAUCCGUGUAUCUGA